AUGAGUAAAAGACAAAUCCAGACGUUAGAUAAAUUCGUGAUUAAAAAAAAGCGCCUACAAGAAUCUGGCGCUUCUCCGCCUUUACAGCUUGUCAAUAGUUCCGAACCAGCAGAAUCUACACCCACAGAGGACACGAUUUUACCCUCGAGGUCGAUAUCAACAACAACUAGUAGGACGCAUGAGGAAAUUACCGCUGUUGAUUUACCACAAAAUAGCAGUGACAUCGGCGAGUAUGUAAAUUAUGAACACAUUUCGGAUAGUACUAAAUACUAUCUAAUAAAAAAUGCAUUUGUUCCCGGUAAGAGUUUCCAAUUUCCAUAUUCUGUACAUAAGAAGAAUGAUAAAGAAAUACGCUGUUUUUUGUCAACGAAACAUUUUGACGCACACAAAUGGCUAACGUUUUCUAAAAAACUGAAUGGGCUUUUUUGUAUAUUUUGUAGUCUUUUUAUGAAACUUGGCGGUGUUAAUACAAGUACGCCUUUAAAUAAACUAGUACGAGUGCCUCCAUCUAAAUACUCGAAACUUUUUGGAAAAGAUGGAGAUUUGAUGGCUCAUGAAUCGAAUCGAUAUCACCAAGAGGCUAUGCAACAUAUGGAAAGUUUCAUUACAACGAUCGAAAAUCCUGAAAAGAAUAUUAUCAAUCUUCUGGAUUCAAAGAGGACUGGACAAAUUAAACAAAAUCGAGAGAGGUUACGGCCUAUUAUUGAGACGAUAAUAUUUUUAGGACGCCAAAAUAUUCCUCUGAGAGGACAUAGAGAUUAUGGAAAAAUUGAUUUAUCAAUUGAAGCAUCCAGAAGUAGUGAUUCAAAUGAAGGCAAUUUUAGGGAGCUACUUAAAUUCAGGGCCAUCAGCUGGGAUAACACAUUGAAAGAUCAUUUAAAUUCGACAAACUCCAAAGCCACAUAUACAGGGUGA